AACCGGCAUACCUUAUUUCAGGUAAAACACUCAUACACAUCACAUUAUAAGCGAAGGAGCGAAGUCUGUCCAAGCUCAGUCAAAAUUGCCAUAUUUAAUAUUAAAACUGGUUUUGGUUAGUUUGAAAUUAAAGUGAAUCCUCGGGCCGAAUUUGAUUAAAAAGAAGUGAAUAUAAUUUUCCAAGAAGUUGGUCUUGGUCCAACUUAAUCUUCGAAUCUUUCGAGGGAUCUACACUAAGAACUCUCCUCUUCUUUAUCCAUACCGAAACAUAACCUCCAAUCAGUGGAUUUUAAAAAAUGUUUCCAAGACUAUUUGUGCAUCUUGGUAAAAUCCACUGCAACUUACAGCUGCGAAAUCUACAUGUAUGCGAACCAACUUUUCAAAUUCAGAAAAUGACUCGGCUUCGAGUAGUCGAUAAUAGCGAAAUCGGCGUGAGAGCAAUGGCUGAAGGAAAGCCCCCGAAAUGUAUCCACGUAUAUAACAAAACCGGUGUGGGCCUAAUCGGCGACAGAGUGCUCGUUGCCAUCAGGGGUGAAAAGAAGAAGGCCGUCCUUGUCGGCCUCAAACAAAACCAAAAACCUAAGAUUCCUAAAUUUGAUAGUAACAACAUAGUUCUUAUUGAUGACAAUGGCACACCUUUGGGAACUAGAAUCCACGUACCAAUUCCGACAGUUUUGAGGACAAUAUUAAAAGAAAGUACUAUCAAUAAAGGUGCCGAUUAUACGAAAUUGUUAGGAAUUGCAUCAAAAUUUGUUUAAUUAGAUUAUACACUAGUUAACAGUUAAGAUGUUUAUUAUCCCUUUGGUAUAAAUUUACUUGUCUAUAUUUUACUUUUUGACAGACCUAAAUAAUUGCCAAUAACCAACGCAAUACUUUU